GAAUUAGAAGGAUUCUUUCCUUCUUUCUCUUAUUUUUAAACAACUAAGUCUCUCUCAACACCACAAAUAACCCUACAAUUAAUCCCAACCCACAAAACAACAAAUUCAAACUCCAUACUAAACUCUUUAAAAGGCUCCAAUCUCUCCCAAUAACAAAGCAACUAACAAUGGCUUCUCUUCUUCUCUUCCUCCUCUUUGUGGUCUUCACUCUCCCAUCGGUCUCCCUCGCUGUCACGAAAGCUGAAGUUUCGUAUCUCAUUGGUCGUCAACUUUUGGCUAUAAGAGAACACGAUGAACUCCCAGAUAACUAUAAAUAUGAAGUUGAAGUUGAUCCUCAAGAAACUUUCUUAAAUGAGAGGUUGAAGAAGGCUUUUGUUGCCCUUAAAGCUUGGAAAGCCGCCAUGUAUUCUGACCCAUAUAACUUCACUGAAAAUUGGGUUGGCAAUGAUGUUUGUCUUUAUAGGGGCGUUUUUUGUACUACGGCGCUUGAUGACUCCACUGUUGAGGUUGUGGCUGGCAUUGAUUUGAACCAUGCUGACAUUGCAGGCUACUUGCCACCUGAGCUUGGACUCUUGACAGAUUUGGCGUUGUUCCAUAUUAACUCUAAUAGGUUUUGUGGGAUAAUUCCUCAUAGCUUUUCUAAGCUCACUCUCAUGUUUGAGUUUGAUGUCAGUAACAACCGGUUCGUUGGCCAUUUUCCAGAGGUUGUCUUUUAUUGGCGUAUUGCUAAGUACCUCGAUCUUAGGUUCAACGACUUUGAAGGAGAAAUCCCACCGGCACUCUUCACUAUGACCUUCGACGCCAUAUUCUUAAAUAACAAUAGAUUCAGUUCCUUCAUCCCGGAUACCAUUGGAAACUCCACUGUCUCCGUUGUGUCCUUUGCGUACAACUACUUCCAUGGCUGCAUUCCAAAAACCAUUGGCCAAAUGAGCAGCCUUAAGCAAGUUCUCUUCAUUGGCAACAACCUCGAUGGCUGUCUCCCAGUCGAGCUUGGAAAGCUUGUCAAUGUAACGGUGCUUGAUAUCAGCAACAAUAGCUUUCCUGGUUGGUUGCCUGCGUUAUCGGGGCUCAAGAAUUUGCAGUGGCUUGAUGUUAGUUACAAUGAAUUUAGGGGCUCUGUUUCUGCAGAGAUAUGUAAAUUACCUCAUUUGGAUAACUUUACUUAUUCCUUUAAUUAUUUUAAUCAGCAAGAUGGAGAGUGUGUGACAUCUAAGGAUUCAAAAAAGAUUUUUGGUGAUGUUCAUAAUUGUUUGCCCAAUCGCCCGGAGCAAAGAGAUGCUGAGAGUUGUAGCUCUUUUAUGAUGAAGUCGGUGAAGUGUAGAGGUUGUGGUGAAGAUCCAGUUAGUCAGUCUCCGACCCAUCCGGGACGGGUUCGUAGGCAGCCACCAACUUCAGAAUCGGGCGAGCCCCCAGUUCCAUCCUCACCUCAUCAUCACCAUCAUCAUCAUCAUCAUCAUCAAGUUCCAUCCACACCUCAUCAUCAUCAUCAUCAUCAAGUUCCACCGCCGACGACUGAAUCUCCACCGCCGACGACUGAAUCUCCACCGCCGACGACUGAAUCUCCACCGCCGACGACUGAAUCUCCACCGCCUCCGACUGAAUCUCCACCGCCGACGACUGAAUCUCCACCGCCGACGACUGAAUCUCCACCGCCUCCGACCGAAUCUCCACCGCCGACGACUGAAUCUCCACCGCCGACGACUGAAUCUCCACCGCCGACGACUGAAUCUCCACCGCCGACGACUGAAUCUCCACCGCCGACGACUGAAUCUCCACCGCCGACGACUGAAUCUCCACCGCCGACGACUGAAUCUCCACCGCCGACGACUGAAUCUCCACCGCCGACGACUGAAUCUCCACCGCCGACGACUGAAUCUCCACCGCCGACGACUGAAUCUCCACCGCCGACGACUGAAUCUCCACCGCCGACGACUGAAUCUCCACCGCCGACGACUGAAUCUCCACCGCCGACGACUGAAUCUCCACCGCCGACGACUGAAUCUCCACCGCCGACGACUGAAUCUCCACCGCCGACGACUGAAUCUCCACCGCCGACGACUGAAUCUCCACCGCCGACGACUGAAUCUCCACCGCCGACGACUGAAUCUCCACCGCCGACGACUGAAUCUCCACCGCCGACGACUGAAUCUCCACCGCCGACGACUGAAUCUCCACCGCCGACGACUGAAUCUCCACCGCCGACGACUGAAUCUCCACCGCCGACGACUGAAUCUCCACCGCCGACGACUGAAUCUCCACCGCCGACGACUGAAUCUCCACCGCCGACGACUGAAUCUCCACCGCCGACGACUGAAUCUCCACCGCCGACGACUGAAUCUCCACCGCCGACGACUGAAUCUCCACCGCCGACGACUGAAUCUCCACCGCCGACGACUGAAUCUCCACCGCCGACGACUGAAUCUCCACCGCCGACGACUGAAUCUCCACCGCCGACGACUGAAUCUCCACCGCCGACGACUGAAUCUCCACCGCCGACGACUGAAUCUCCACCGCCGACGACUGAAUCUCCACCGCCGACGACUGAAUCUCCACCGCCGACGACUGAAUCUCCACCGCCGACGACUGAAUCUCCACCGCCGACGACUGAAUCUCCACCGCCGACGACUGAAUCUCCACCGCCGACGACUGAAUCUCCACCGCCGACGACUGAAUCUCCACCGCCGACGACUGAAUCUCCACCGCCGACGACUGAAUCUCCACCGCCGACGACUGAAUCUCCACCGCCGACGACUGAAUCUCCACCGCCGACGACUGAAUCUCCACCGCCGACGACUGAAUCUCCACCGCCGACGACUGAAUCUCCACCGCCGACGACUGAAUCUCCACCGCCGACGACUGAAUCUCCACCGCCGACGACUGAAUCUCCACCGCCGACGACUGAAUCUCCACCGCCGACGACUGAAUCUCCACCGCCGACGACUGAAUCUCCACCGCCGACGACUGAAUCUCCACCGCCGACGACUGAAUCUCCACCGCCGACGACUGAAUCUCCACCGCCGACGACUGAAUCUCCACCGCCGACGACUGAAUCUCCACCGCCGACGACUGAAUCUCCACCGCCGACGACUGAAUCUCCACCGCCGACGACUGAAUCUCCACCGCCGACGACUGAAUCUCCACCGCCGACGACUGAAUCUCCACCGCCGACGACUGAAUCUCCACCGCCGACGACUGAAUCUCCACCGCCGACGACUGAAUCUCCACCGCCGACGACUGAAUCUCCACCGCCGACGACUGAAUCUCCACCGCCGACGACUGAAUCUCCACCGCCGACGACUGAAUCUCCACCGCCGACGACUGAAUCUCCACCGCCGACGACUGAAUCUCCACCGCCAACGACCGCAUCUCCACCGCCACCCGUCCACUCUCCCCCACCACCGACCGCUUCUCCACCGCCACCAGUCUACUCUCCCCCACCACCGACCGCUUCUCCACCGCCACCAGUCUACUCUCCCCCACCUCCUACCGCAUCUCCACCGCCACCAGUCUACUCUCCCCCACCUCCUACCGCAUCUCCACCGCCUCCGACCGCAUCUCCUCCUCCUCCUCCUGGCGCUUCUCCACCACCGGCGUUCGAAGAUCUAAUCCUACCACCAAACAUUGGUUUCCAAUAUGCAUCUCCACCACCACCACAGUUUCCCGGAUAUUGAGUAGCCUCGUCUUUUUUCAUAUUAUUUCUUGAUAUUUUUUCGAUAAUGUAGCUUCUUUUCACUUAAAUAAAGAGAGAAGUUUUGCCCAA